GUGAAACUAACAAUCUUUUAUCGAAAGUACGGCGGGGAAACUGGGAAAACAGUGCGUGCGCCCACGAUGACUUUAAAGCUCCAAGACAUGGUGUCCUUCAUGGCUUCCUUAAAAUAAGAAUUUGCUCUGAGGCCUGCGCCAGCUGCAUCAAACAACGACCCUUCUUUGUUAGAGUCCAAGUCGAAUUCCAGUACUAAUCUAUGAAGCAGAGACGAGGACGAGCGGGAGGCAUCAAGUUUGGAGCGGCGAGGUUGGAGCUUGACAAGAGCGGUUGGUUUCCUCCGCUGCUUCUUCCGCCCAUGAAGAAGCUGUGGCCGAACCUGGAGCGGGAGGAUGGGCUGGACACGGUGCUGGAAGUGCCCAUGCCGGAGGAGACGUUCCUCACCGGCGAUGGCUCCCACAGCGGCAAGACGUUCUGCACCAACGUGAAGGCGUGGAUGCGGCCGCACGUUGACCGCGCGCCGCUGUCGCCCAUCGGCAGGGGCGCGGAGCUCCAGCUCAUGCUUGGUGUCAUAGGGGCGCCCCUCGUCCCGCUUCCGGUGCAUGCUCACAACUCCACGCUCAUCAAGGACAUGAAGGAGGACCCGAUUGAAGUAUCGAUGGCGAGGUACAUUGUGCAGCAGUAUAUCGCGGCUUCUGGGGGAGAUCAGGCGCUGAAAGCGAUCAAUAGCAUGUACGCCAUGGGGAAGGUCCGGAUGACGGCGACGGAGAUGUCCAAGGGCAACGGCGGCGGGAGCGGAGACGGCGCAGCGGCUAGCAAUGGCAGGAAGGCGAGGAAGGGCCUCGGCAACGUAGGGGAGAUCGGGGGCUUCGUGCUGUGGCAGAAAAAACCCGACUUGUGGUGCCUGGAGCUCAUGGUCGCCGGGAGCAAGAUCAGCGCCGGGAGCGACGGCAAGGUGGCCUGGCGGCAGACGCCGUGGAACCAGUCGCACGCCUCCCGUGGACCUCCUCGCCCCCUUCGCCGCUCUCUACAAGGGCUCGAUCCGAGAUCGACGGCGAACUUGUUCGCCAAUUCGGUGUGCCUCGGGGAGAAGGCCGUCGACGGCGAGGAAUGCUUCGUGCUGCGCCUGGAUACGGAGGCGACAACCCUCCGAGCGCGCAGCAGCAACAGCGUCGAGAUCAUCCGCCACACAGUUUGGGGCUACUUCAGCCAACGCACAGGCCUACUCGUCCAGCUCGAGGACUCCCACCUCCUCCGCAUCAAAUCGGCGUCAGCGAAGGACUGCGUGUACUGGGAGACCACCAUGGAGUCGCACAUCGAGGACUACCGCACCAUCGACGGCGUCAACAUCGCCCACGCCGGCCGCACCAACGUCUCGCUCUUCCGGUUCGGGGAGACCAACGACGGGCACACGAGGACGCGGAUGGAGGAGACGUGGACGGUGGAGGAGGUGGACUUCAACAUUUGGGGACUCUCAAUGGAGUGCUUCCUCCCGCCCGGCGAUCUCAAGGAGGAGAGGGAUGGCGUUGACAUCAGCAAUGGUGCGCCGGCAGAGAAGGUUACGCGUCUACCAGUAAGAAUAUCUCCAAUGUCCACUGGUAGGAUAGGACCGUCGCAGGUCGCCUCCGUCGACAUAGACGAGUCAGACUCAGCAGGGACACAGGAGGAAGAGGGCAGCACAUGACACGAGCAUGUCACGUGCGUUACCAUUAACCAUUUAGCUUCCUGUGUAAAUAGAGGCGCAAAAAUGUAAAAAUUUUGGGGUUAUUAGCGUAAAUUCAAUCCAAAUGGGCCAAAGCUGGGCCUCAUGUUCGGAGCUCAAUUUCGGAAAUCCUUUCUAUAACCGUUUAGAGAUAU